AUGGAAAAUAAAAAUAAUAUAGAAAAUAUAAACUUGAUCAAAGAGACAAUGUUUGGACUUCCUAAUAGUGUUAUUUUAAAAACAAUACAUAAUAAUGUAAAUCUAAAAAAUUAUAAAAUUAGAAAAGAAGCUGUUCAAACAUUAAGUAAGUGUUUAUCUAUGUUUAUUUUAUAUAUAACUGAUGGAGCAUUAGAACAUUGUGAAAAUGAAAAAAGAUCAACUAUUUUUACUCGCGACAUUUUAAACUCCUUAGAUGAUUCCCUAUUUCUUGAAAUACAUGAUGAAUUAAGAAAACAGAUAUCUAUUCAAGAAGAAAAAAAUAAAAUGGAAAAUUCUAAAGAAAAUGAGAAAAUCGAAGAAACAAAUAAGAACAAUGAAAACAAUACACAAAUUAAUGCGAGAGAACAAAAUAAAGACGAUUUUGAUAUAUUGCUGCAAGCGUUAGAAUAA